AAUUCAAAGAGGCGGUCACAUGCCCUUGCUGGCUGUUGCAGGAUUCCUCUCUUCCCAGAGUCUGGUUACUUCCAGAGAUCAAGUUCCAGCCUCUUGGCUGGUGAAUUAUUAAACUCCAGCAGUGCUCUGUUCCCUUUGUACCACGUCUGUGUCUUCCUGUUGUCCUACCUGGCUAGCUCUUUCCAUCCAGCCGGCUCUGCAGAAGCAGAGUCCUCUGGGCCACCUUGUAUAGCACCUUGCACUCUCCUUUGCUCCUUGCUUCUCCGUGGAAGAAGGAAAAAGGUCUGGAGAUGGACCUGUCCUACAGAUCCACCAUCUCCAUCUAUAAGGUCAGUGCCAACAUCAGAGGCUGCUUCCGUCUGCCUGGGGGAGAUGUGCGGGUGGGAGGAGAAGAGCUGUUUUCUGCCAAAGGCUCCGUUCAAGGGUGGACAGCUGAGGGCUGGAUCCGUCCCUGGGCUGAACUGCAGCAGCUCCUGUGGGACCUGGGACAUGUUUGAGAGCAGACGGCUGGCAGGAGGGGAGGGUGGUGCGGGUCUUAAAGCAGAUCUGGGGAGGAACUGGGCAACCAGGGUGGUUUGGACACGAAGCAUGUUUAUGAAGGGUGACAAGCCUUGGUUGCCGGUAGGAAGCUGGAGCCGAGUCAGCUGUUUUCCCCUUUUUUGGAAAGAGCAGUCUGAUCUCACGAACGCUUCCCUACGCACAUCGGUGCUGCACCAAGGUGGCGAGGGCUGGGAGAAGGGCAAUUGCUUCUUCUACCCUCUGAUCUGCUCUGCCGUAGGCAAUAAACACCUUUGAUACCUACAGCAGGUAAGAGCGGAGAGGCUGGUCUGGAGCAAUCCGUCCCUUCUCUAAGCUGCCAGGUCUGGCAGGGCACCACAUCCUGGCCAGGAAAAAGUCGUGUUUGUGCCUGGAUAAUAAGCGGUGGCCCUCACCCCAGCAGGCUCAGGGAUGAGGGAAAAGGCUGCUCAGCUCCCCUUGCGCUUACUCCCCUGUUUGCAGUGGGUGUGGGGCCUCGGGAGACAGCCAUCUUCAGGCAGCCACUUGGCUCUCUGACAAGAUACCUUGUUCUCUGGCAUUGCUCCUCUCCCGGUUGGCUGGAGGACUCAGGGCAGCUGAGGGUCGCAGCUACCUCCGAUGGAAGGAGCUGACUGUGUGCCCAGCUGUACAUCACCACAGCCAUCCAGCGUCGUGGCUGGGGGGCUCUCUGAGUCCCUGCUGCACCCGGCCGAACCGCAGCUGAGGUCUCUGGGGCAUGGGGAAGUCUGGCAUUAAUGUGCUCCUGCCUGGCCACAGAGUAUCCUGGAGCAGUUCAACCCCGCGCUGGAGAACCUGGUGUACCUGGGAAACAACUAUCUGCGUGCCUUCCAUGGUGAGUGGGGUCCUGCAUGGCCCGGGCUCCAGAGUGUGCUGCUACAUCUGUCCUGGGCACUCGCUGUGCCAUCACCCGGGACAAGGCUGCUGGUCCUCCCCUCUGACAUGUCUUGAGCUGCUCUUUGGCACCCUUCUCCUGCUCCAGGACCCACUGCUGUUAUUAGGCACAGAUGGGGAAAAAGAGGGUGCCCUUGCCCAUAGGCGAGGUACCAGGGGGUGGCUGUCCUGUGUGCUGCUUGCUGGGGCUGGUGGGAAGGCAGGCCAGGUCCUUACCUCCCCUCUCCUCUCCUCUCCUCUCCUCUCCUCUCCUCACAGCAUUAUCUAAAGCGGCUGAAGUGUAUUUUAAGGCAAUCGAGAAGAUUGGGGAGCAAGCGCUGCAGAGCUCCACCUCACGCAUGCUGGGUGAAAUUCUGAUGCAGAUGUCCAACACGCAGAGACUCCUGAGCUCUGAUUUGGAAGUCGUGGCUCAGACUUUCCACGUGGACCUGCUGCAGCACAUGGAGAAGAACACCAAAAUGGACGUGCAGUUCAUCAGUGAAAGCCAGAAGCAGUAUGAGCUGGAGUACCAACGCAGAGCCACCAACCUGGAUAAGUGCAUGGCAGAGCUGUGGAGAAUGGAGAGAGCCCGUGAUAAAAAUGUCCGGGAGAUGAAGGAGAAUGUGAUGCGACUCCGCUCGGAGAUGCAGGCGUUUGUCUCUGAGAGCCAGAGGGAGGCUGAGCUGGAGGAGAAACGCCGCUACCGCUUCCUGGCUGAAAAGCACCAGAUGCUCUACAACACUCUCCUCCAGUUUUACAGCAGGGCCCGGGGCAUGAUCCUGACCAAGGCGCCACAGUGGAAGGAGCAGCUGGAGGCCAGCCGCAACCCCUCAAACAGCCACUCGCAAGGUCUUCUCGCAGCCUCCCACAGCCAGGGGUAUCCAUCAGGCCGGCUCACCCCCACCCACCUCGAGAUGGCCCAGAGACCCCUUGGUUCUCCCAUGACUGGGAGUAGAUCCAGCAUCUUCUCUACAGAGCCUUCAGAAAUGAGAGUGUCUCCUCAACCAGAGUCCCCCAGGUGGCCACUGCGGAGGACACCAUCAGCCAGUUUGCUCCCCACCGGCCGUACCUCCCGUUCGGGUUCCUUCGGCGAGGCCAGCAGCGGCGGCGAAGGCAGAAGGAGGAGCGGCACGGCGAGAGUGCAGGCUAUCGUGCCCCACGCGACAGGCGCCAACCGCACCCUGCUACGGUUUGACCCCGGGGAUGUCAUCACGGUGCUGAUGCCGGAUGCGCAGAACGGCUGGCUGUAUGGCAAGCUGGAGGGCUCAUCCACAUGCGGCUGGUUCCCCGAAGCUUAUGUUAAGCCUCUGGAGGAUGCGAGGGACAUGGAGGAGCCAGCCACCAGGUCCUUCCCACUGCGAAGCAGUCACAGUAUGGAUGACAUCCUGGACCGUCCCAGCACUCCUUCCUCUAGCAAUUACUGGCCUGCUGCUGCCCAGCCCAGUUUGCCGAGCCCACCUCCCCUCUCGGUGGGUGCCAGCAGCCACCAGAGUGGGACAGCCACCCCGGUCAGCUCUGGCUCCAAGAAAUCAGGAGUAUUUGAUCAGCCCCCCGAACUCUUCCCACGAGGUACCAACCCCUUUGCCACAGUCAAGCUGCGUCCCACGGUCACCAAUGACCGCUCGGCACCCAUCAUCCGAUGAAGCGGAGCUGCGGAUGGCGGAGAAUUUCAGCUGGGAAGGGGGAAGCAUACAAGCGACCCCCAAGCUGGGCAGCAACCUUGUGCUACCACUCACAGAGUGACCUCUCUCUUCCCCUCCCUUCCCUCCGGGACAUGGCGACCCAUCUCGCCUGGCUGUCUGGCGUGCUUUAGCCAGUGGCAAGAUCCCUGCUGCUCUUUUUGGGUAUCCCCCUGUCCCCCCCCACCCUGUGUGAUAUUACUGUGCCUGAGCGGGAGCAGUCCUGGUGCCAGUGGCUGGGAGAGGGGAUGCUGUGGGUCUGGGAGGCAGAGGGACGGAUGGGUAAGAUCAUCUGUGGCAUGGGGCAGUGCUAGCAGGACGAGGAAGGCGAAGCUUUGCUAGCCCUGCUGCGGCCAGAGAAGGACGCUCGCCGAACAGUCCCUUCGCUACCGGAAAAUGAACCCCAAAGGGAGGAGGCCACAAGAAGGCCUCCGGUGAUGUGGUGCGACUGCCGGGGUCUGCGGUGUGCAGCUCUUGGACCCUUUGGCAACCCUGUCCGUUUGUAGCCGCAUCUGCCCCUUCUCCCCCUGCCGUGGCUCCUUGCCUUGCUGGGCAGCCCUGGGGCAGGUGGCAGUGCCCAGCGCCGCUGCCCUGCUCCUUUGCCUAUUGUCCUGUGGAAAAGAUUUGAGUUUUUUUAAAUAAAAUGGAGAAUGUUGCUUCCGUAGCUGUCCCGGU